AGAGAGAAAUUGUUGGAAGGAAGAACUCAUAGCAAUGUGAAAGAUGUGGUGGAAGAAGAUGAUGAUGGAAAACUGGAAAACAAUGAAGCUUUUACUUUAGAAUCUGGCAAAGAUAAGUUACCAAGGGAGUUUGAAGUUGGAGAUAAUGAAUUUCAAUUCCACCAGAAAUUCCAUGUGCUGGUUGCAAGAGCCAACAUUUGGCUCAGGAACCACACAAAGUGGAAGGCAAGGUUCAUUGAAGUUAUCAAAACAAGAAGUCCACGAUGUUCUGAUGAAAGUCAAACUUCAGGACACCAGUCCUGUUUCACUCUUUUGCCUGAACAAAUCAGUUGUGUCAAGACAUUGAGGCUGUGGCUGGUAUUAUCAGUGGUAACAGAUUCAGUUGACUGGAAUCAAGCAUCUGCAGUAGAUGCAACUGAAUGCUUCAGAACCACUGUUGAAGCAAAAGGAUCUGCUCAAGUUAUCAGGAUGUUCCAUGAGCUGUUCAGCCAUUUCAGCUCUACAUUGACCAGUGGAGACUUGAACAUUUUUCUGAAAUGGCUUGGUCACAGCUUUGGCAACCACACCAGUGGCAGCUACUUGUGGAUGGAUGGCAGCACCAAUGGUAGCCCCCACAGC